UCUCGGUAGUUACAUCUGAACUCUGGCUGACUCUGACGAGAAGAUGCCACGAGGAUUUUUAGUGAAACGGAGUAAACGUGGCUCGUCGGCAUCUUACAAGGUGCGAGCUGAAGAAAUGGAGCCGCGUAAAGAGGAUCUGAACACCCAAACUCCAAACGCAAGCGUGCUGGAAGCUAUUAGAGAGUCGUGGACCAGUGAGAUCGGCUCGAAACACGAGCAGACGCAUCUUCUGGAGGAUGCUGGAGGAAGCGCAGAUUACGUACAGAACUACUUCAUCCACCCGGAGCAGAGCGCGUCAUCUCCGCGCAACACCUGCGACUCUUACAGCCCGAUCAAACCCAUCAGCACCGAGCUUUUAGACAGAUGUCUAAGCUCACCAGCCAUGGCAGAGUCUUUUCCUCUGGUCACUCCUGUGUCUUCAAUCGAGCGUCUGCUAAUGAACCAUUCUGACAUGAAGUUUGGCACACCGGUGCCCUCUUCUGUGCCAACCUACCCUGCGCUGCAUCAGUGCGUAAAACGCGCGUUCAUGGACUCGGAGCGCAAAAGCAAACCACCGAAAAAGCCUAAAGUCAUCCGAAAGCUGAACUUCGAAGACGAAGUCACUACCUCCCCAGUCCUCGGACUUAAAAUAAAAAAAGAAAGUCCCGAAACAAAGCCACCACCUCAAGGUGGAAGAAAGAAACCGCUGGGUGAGUUUAUCUGCCAACUUUGCAAGGAAGAAUAUCCUGAUCCCUUUUCUCUAGCGCAACACAAGUGCUCCAGGAUCGUCCGGGUUGAAUACCGCUGUCCGGAGUGCGAUAAAGUUUUCAGCUGUCCCGCCAACCUCGCUUCUCACCGGAGAUGGCACAAACCUCGCACUCUAAGCACCGCGGACACCAAAAAGUCCCAGCUGGAGGCGCGAAACCUGGAGAAAACGUCAUCAGUGGAGGGGAAGGAGAAUGCCAGCAAGAUGAGAGUGAACAAUCAGCACCAGCUGAGUCCGGACAGCUCCCAACUUCACCGAUCAGCACCGGACAGCAGCAUGAUGCACAGGGACCCUCCUCUGGACCAAAGGUUUUCCACCCCGGAGAAAUGCUUUGAGAUGCACAUCGGCUCCGCGGACGCGUCCAGGCUUUUCGAUCACUGUCCCGAAGAGCCGGACAGAUCCCCCGCCACCCCCUACCUGCCCUCACCCGGUCCAGAAGAAGUGUACGACUGCCACUACUGCAGCAAGAAGUUCCGCAGACAAGCCUACCUGAGGAAACACCUGGCCGCGCACGAGACCAUCAAAGCGUCCUCGUAUGGUCAGAUCGAGAGCGGGCAGAUCACCUUCCCGUGUCACCUGUGUGGAGCGCACUUCCCCUCCGCGGAGAUCCGCGAUAAACACCGGCUCUGGCACGCGGUGAGAGAGGACUUACUGCUCAGACCCGACCUGAGCCCCGCAGCAAGAGAUCAGCAGAUUUUCUCCUGCAAACACUGUCCGUCCACGUUCUUCAGCUCUCCGGGUUUGACCCGACACAUCAACAAGACUCACCCCUCAGAGAGCCGGCAGGUCAUGCUCUUACAGAUGGCCGUCAGACCGGGAUGCUGAUCCCGCAAAGCGCAAACACUCACUGUCAAACGGCGUGUCGCUGGUGUUGUCACUUAAUAAGCUGCAGCCGGUGUCUUUUUAUGUGGGAAUAUUAUCCAAUCUUCAGUUUUCUGCUCUGAGAACAGAAAGAGUGUAUCUACUUUUCCAUUAUUUUGGGUAAUAUUUUAUAACUUGCAUACAUAAAGUUUUUAU